AUGCUUCUCCUCCACCAAGUGGGCAGCAUCAAGAUAGGGGAGGUCAUUCGCUACACCGUCACCUAUACGCCUUCCCACGACCGUAUCCUACCAUCGCCCAAUAUCCUCCACCUACGCGUCCGCAACACAUCGCCCCUUCCCCUACGCGCCGCAUUCGUCCACGGGCCGUAUACGCUCAACGUUUCCGCAUACCCCUCCCACUAUGAUCCGAAUACCAAGUUCGAGGAUCCCCGCCGCUAUGGAGUACCCGAGUUCGAGCCCAUGCUCAAGGCCGCGGGGACGUGGUCAUGCCAGUUGAUCGUGCCCGACAAUAUACAACAGAGCGCUGGAAUGGGAGCCGCGAGGGGUGAUUUCGGGUAUGGCGCUGAAGAGGGGGAAGAACCCACCAGCGCAAGCUGGAUAAUCGAAAUCGCGAGUCAGGUCAUCUUCUCGUCCAGCGCAGCUGUCGGCUAUGAAGUCUUGCUCGCGCGCGACGAGAAGAGCUUGAACCUAGGCAGUACGCCAGUGAAUAGGGGACAAUCACAGGUUCCACAACCAGGAAGGGUCGUCGAUUUCCAACAGAGUAUCGGCUCGAAAGACGGUCACCACCCAGCGCAGUUGAAAGGGGUUUUUUCAAAAGCCAUCACGCUCAAGGUAGAGGAUACGGCAAGCCUCUGGAAUACACCGCAGCUGCCCGGCUGGGACGACUGGGAUCACGGGAGAUCUGAGGGUUCGGACGACCCUGCUAUCAACAGUGUCACCAGUCCAGCAAGCCCCGAGGGUGGCCGUUCGAGUAGCAAGAAUCCCAAGAAAGUACACUUGGUAGUGUUGACGCACGGCCUGCAUAGUAAUCUGGGCGCUGAUAUGCUAUACCUUAAAGAAAGCAUCGAUGCAUCUGUCAAGCAGGCGAGGACCGACGCCAAGGUGAGGAGGGCUCGAGAGAAAGCGGAGAGAGAUGCCAACAAGACGGAUGGCCAAGCGGACAGGGACGCCAAUGGGACAGACAACCCAGAGAAGACGACCGAGGAAAGAACCAGAGAGACGGCCGAGUCACGAACAGAAGAGGACGAAGAGGAAUAUGAAGACGAGGAAGUCAUCGUACGGGGUUUCUCAGGUAAUGCAACACGGACGGAGAGGGGCAUCAAGUUCCUGGGUAAGCGCCUGGCACGUUAUGUUCUUUCCAUGACAUACCCAGACCAGCCGUUUCUCCCAUCGACGAAAAAAGCAGCUGAAAGUUUUGCGACUUCCAUGAAGGGCAACGGAGGGAAGACGGAUGGUAAUGGCCAGUCAGCUCACAGGCACAGCACAAUCCACAAGGGCCCACACCAUGAGGAGAAUCGGUUGUUCCAAAUCACCAGCAUCAGUUUCGUUGGCCAUUCGCUUGGUGGGCUUGUUCAGACGUAUGCGGUGGCUUACAUACAGAAGCAUUCACCCCAGUUCUUCAACCUGAUACGGCCACUGAACUUCAUCACUCUAGCAUCCCCACUCUUGGGCUUGAGCAAUGAAAACCCCCUCUAUGUCAAGUUCGCACUCGAUUUCGGCCUUGUUGGGAGGACCGGUCAAGACCUUGGCCUCACUUGGAGAGCACCGACAAUAGCCAGGAGUGGCUGGGGCGCCUUGGUUGGUACUCUCGGCGAGAGCGCUCACAAGAAAGUCAUGGGUGAAGAACAGCCAGAGUCAAAGCCACUGCUGCGUAUUCUACCUACUGGCCCUGCACAUACAGCAUUGAAGAAGUUUCGCAAUCGGACAGUGUACUCCAACGUUGUGAACGAUGGAAUUGUACCCCUUCGCACAAGUUGCUUGCUGUUUUUGGACUGGCAGGGCCUGGGUCGAGUAGACAAGGCUCGAAGGGAGGCCGGUCUUAUGGAGACAAUGGUUGGAUUCGGAUGGGCCGAGUUGACGGGUGCGAAUGUAACAUCCGCUCGGAAGGGUCCCUGGACGCCAGACACCGAAGAGGCCCCUUCUCAGCCGGGCGCGAAUCCCGAACCGGAAGCAACACAUGAGUCUCGCGAGGUGCCUUUGCCACCAAGCAAUGCUACGGCUGAGGAUGACAGGCGAAGCCUCAACCUGACAACAUCGUCUCAAGAAGCAGCUCCGCAUCAAAAUUCCCAAACGAACAACGAUUACCCCUUCUCGGGAUUCUUUAACUUCUUCAAGAGUAAUGAGUCGUCCAAAGCAGCAACUGAAAAGACAUCUCAGCGUUCUCCUAAAGGAAGCAAAAUCUACAAACGCAGUCAAACUCUUAAAAUAGACGACGCAUCUGCAGACUCGGCGUCUUCGAGCAAGUCCAAGGUGUCUUCCGGUAAUGAGUUACAUGAAGACCAAGAAAGCGGAGUCUCGGCGCCUCCCCGAACAAGCUUCUUUGAGGCUGCUGGGGAUAUACUCAAUCCCAAACUGCCUACAAUGGAAUAUAUCCUCGACCCCUCACGCCGUCCGCGGACGAUAUUCCACGAUCGUGUCUACCAUCCUUCCGACAUUCCACCACCCCCGCUGAAGAAGCGCCCUACUGGAACAUUGGCGAUCCGUCGGAGAGGAACCAGUCAGAACCAGUCCUUAUCACCGAAGGGGGAGAAUGAUGAAACCUCUUCACAAUCUUCCCAGUUCGGUGUCAAACAUGAGGACUCGGGUCUAUCGACACGCGAUUACGAUGACAUUAAACACACUGACCCGGAUAGGGAUCCUGAGGAGAUGAUCGAUACUUCCAACAUGAAGGUCGAGGAGAAGAUCGCGAGAGCCUACCACCGCGACUUGAGCUGGCGGAAGGUGUUGGUCAAGCUUGAGCCGGAUGCCCACAACAACAUCAUCGUGCGUCGAACGUUCGCCAAUGCGUUCGGCUGGCCGGUUGUAAAGCAUCUAGUAGAUGCCCACUUCAGUGAUAGUGCUGCUGCCCGCACCCGCGAUGAGAACGAAGACAACAUCGACCGUGCGAAAGCGAUGUAUAAGUCUCCUGACACCACCGGCGCUGAGACCGGCACACAGCAUGACGCACAACCCCACAGUGGCACCGUCGGCUUAGACACCGGCGGUAACAUGGACGCACAAACUGAAGAUGAUGCCCACCAUACUGUGCCAAUCAAGAGCCAGCCUUUAAAGCUGCGAGACCAGGGACGCACCAAUAGUGAGGUUCUCGAGGCAGUCGACGCCGUGCCGGACCUACCGACCGCGGACCAGAAAAGUAGGGCUUCCCAUAGCUCCCGGGAAUCGCCUCCCCGGCCGGGCUAUGAUAGACUCGACUCAGCGACUUGGAGCGAUCGUGACUUCGCCGACAGCGGCGAUGAUAGCGAAGUAGACAUGGAAAUGGCAUACGGACGAUACAGCCAGAAACCUCAGACUUCGGCUGGAGACAAGGGCAAGGAGACCGAAAGGAGCAGUUCUCCGGUCUGGAACUGGACUGAAAAGAUCGUCGGAAAGGGUCCUUCUAAGAAAGGGAAAGGCCCUCAGAGUCCAACAAGCCCUGGGCCCGGCAGCGGCCACAGUCCAGGAGGCGCCGGUGGGAUCCAGCAGUGA